GGCAGCUAAUCGACUUCCUGUGGCCGUGUUAUCAUUUUAUCCAGGUAGCUCAUUAGCGACUGGAUUCUUUGGAACAAAAAUCGAAGUUUUGCUGCUAACGUGUGGGCCUGACCAGAGUAAGCAUCAUGCUGGUCCCCAUAUUCACUCUGAAGCUGAACCACAAGAUUAACCCUCGCAUGGUGACUAUUGGACAGUUUGAUGGGGUUCAUCCAUGCCUUACUGCCGCCACGCAGGCUGGAAAGGUUUUCAUUCACAACCCCCACACCCGUGGCCAGAGACCUGUGGCUCACCGACUGAGCCAGAGUGCCCAAGACUCUGACAUUUCUCUGCUCAACAUCAAUCAGGCAGUCACCUGUUUGACUGCAGGAAGACUGGGACCAAAUACUACUGGGGACACACUGUUGGUGGGAUCCCAGACAAACCUGUUGGCUUAUGAUGUCCAUGACAAUGCUGACACAUUUUACAGAGAGGUGACAGAUGGAGCUAAUGCCAUUGUGUUGGGGAAACUUGGGGACAUCCCCUCUCCUCUUGCUAUCAUUGGAGGGAACUGUGCCUUGCAAGGCUUUGACUAUCAGGGCAAUGACCACUUUUGGACGGUCACUGGAGAUAAUGUCAGGUCUCUGGUGCUCUGUGACUUCACUGGAGAUGGAAAAAACGAGCUCCUGGUGGGGUCUGAGGAUUUUGACAUCAGAGUGUUCAAAGAGGAUGAACUUGUGUCAGAGAUGACUGAGAAUGAGACAGUAACAUCUUUGUGCCAUAUGCACGGCAGCAGGUUUGGUUAUGCUCUGGCUAAUGGCACUGUCGGUGUGUAUGACCGCGCUGCCCGCUACUGGAGAAUCAAGUCCAAGAAUCAUGCAAUGAGCAUCUUUGCAUUUGACUUGAAUGCCGAUGGGGUUGUGGAGCUCAUCACUGGUUGGUCCAAUGGAAAGAUUGACGCUCGCAGCGACCGCACCGGUGAGGUCAUUUUCAAAGACAACUUCUCUUCUUCUGUGGCUGGAGUAGUGGAGGGAGACUACAGGCUGGAUGGACAGAAACAACUCAUCUGCACCUCUACAGAAGGAGAAGUUCGUGGUUAUCUGCCAGCCAGUAAAGACCUAAAAGGGAAUCUCAUGGACACGAGUGCCGAGCAGGACCUUGUUCGAGAGCUCAGCCAGCGCAGACAGAAUCUGCUGCUUGAGCUUCGCAACUACGAGGAGAAUGCCAAGGGUGUGUCAGAGACACACAGUGGGAUGGGAGUCAUACCAGCCAACACUCAGCUCCAGACAGCACUGUCAGUGAAAGCUGCUACAGAGACCCAGAAGGCUCAUGUGGAGCUCAGCAUUUCAACACCAAAUGAGACUGUUAUCCGUGCAGUGCUCAUCUUUGCAGAAGGCAUAUUUGAGGGUGAGAGUCACGUUGUCCACCCCAGUGCUCAAAACCUGUCUGGUUGUGUCAGAGUCCCCAUUGUGCCCCCAAAGGAUAUACCAGUGGAUCUGCACAUCAAAGCCUUUGUUGGAGGGAGAACUAGCACUCAAUUCCAUGUGUUUGAAAUCACUCGUCAGCUGCCUCGUUUCUCCAUGUACGACCUCGCUGUUGACUCGUCGGCUGCACAGCCCACAGGGAGGGUCGCCUUCAGCAUCAACGAUCGACCGCAGAGGGUGGUGAUGUGGCUGAAUCAGAAUUUCCUGCUUCCAGAGGGAGUGGAGAGUCCCGAUGUUACCUUUAGUUCACUAAGAGGUGGGGGGCUGUUGUCCUUCAGCAUGGCCAGCAAUGGACAGAUCACCAUAAGAACUGACGAUAUUGACCUAGCAGGAGAUCUGAUCCAAUCAUUAGCCUCCUUCCUGGCAAUUGAGGACCUGUCAGCAGAAGCGGACUUCCCCACAUAUUUUGAGGAGCUACGCACUACGCUCACUGAGGUGGACGAGUUCCAUUCUGUCCACCAGAAACUAACUGCAGCUAUGGCUGACCACUCCAACUACAUUAGAAACAUGCUGGUGCAAGCAGAGGACGCGCGCCUAAUGGGUGACAUGACAACUAUGAAGAAGCGCUACAGAGAGCUGUAUGAUCUAAACCGGGAUCUAAUCAAUGAGUACAAGAUCCGCUCAAACAACCACAAUGCUCUUCUGGCUUGUCUCAAGUCUGUCAACCAAGCCAUACAGCGAGCCGGCAGGCUUCGAGUGGGUAAGCCCAAGAACCAAGUGAUCUCUGCCUGUCGAGACGCCAUCAAAAGCAAUAACGUCAACGCGCUUUUCAGGAUCAUGAGGGCUGGCACCGCAUCCUCCUGAGAGUGGAAGGAUGAGGGACGCGGGAGCGGACUAGAGAAGUUUACAGUCAGCACGUGUAAUAACUGUAAUGAGACCAGCGAGUACGUUUGGAGCAAGAACAACAGGAGAUAGUCAGAGACACUGAAGCAGCCUUAAUCCACGACUCAGUUUUAAGCAACAUUUGGCACCAGCUUCUUGAAAUUGGAAUUCAGCCAACACAAAUAUAAUGGUGACCUCAGACUUUGUGCAAAAUUGUCAUCCAUGUUAGUCGGGCUGAUUGGAAGGGCUUCAGCUAGUGCACUGAGUUUACCUAAAUCACUAACGUGCGUGAGCAGCCAUUUACUCACUUUAGUCAGAAGUUAAGACAAACAGAAGGACUCAAGUAUGACGCCAAUUUCAUGCAUUUGUGGCGACCUGUCCCAGAAAUUCUGAGAAAACGAGCGUGCCGGUUUCAUUCAGCUGACUGUAAAGUCACCGGUGGCGUGGACGUUCACGCUCGGCCUCUGCUCUCAGCUUCUGCGUGUUCGUGUUGCAUUUGUAGCCAAAGAAAACUGUCUAACUUGUUUACUUUUUGUAGACUGUAUUCAGAAAGUGCACAUGUAACUUUGUGUUUGUGGAAAAAUUGUUAUUAAAUUACAUUUUAAACA